ACAUUUUAGUCUUGGUCAUGUUGGCACUCCUGUGUGCAUUCCAAACGUCAAAAGUGAUCAAAAUAAUGAGUACUUACUGCUUUUUAUCCCGAUAUGGCUGCAAUUGAGAAAGUAAAAGUCGUUGUUCUUGGCGAUUCUGGCGUGGGUAAAACAUCGCUAACGCACCUGAUCGCGCACGGGCGCGUGCUAGUGUCGCCGACAUGGACGGUGGGCUGCGCGGCCGAGGUCAAACUGCACGAGUACCGGCAAGGCACGCAGCAGCAGAACACGUUCUUCGUAGAGUUCUGGGACGUGGGUGGCUCGCAGGGGCAUAGGAACACUAGGAACGUAUUCUACCAGCCUGCACAUGGAAUCAUUCUAGUUCACGACCUAACCAACAGGAAAAGUCAAGUUAACCUACAGAAAUGGCUCUCCGAGAUCCUAAACUCUGACAACCCAACGCUUCAGCAUAUUGAUAUCGACCCAGAACAGUUCCUCGGCUCUACACAGAUACCCAUUCUGGUGAUCGGCACUAAGUUCGACUUGGCCGAGGAGAAGCAGCGGCGGGGGCAGUACCGGCGCCUCGCGAGCAGCAUCGCCGAGCAGUGCGGGGCGGACGAGCUGUUCGUCAACUGCCACCAGGCCAGAUCGCUGGGACCCGGAACGAGUAACUCCGUGAAAUUAACACGAUUUUUUGACAAGGUGAUCGAGCGGCGGUACUACUCGCGCGGCUCGCCGUUCCCGGACCGGCGCGCGCCCGCGCUCGCGCACGCGCUCGCGCCGCACGCGCAUGCGCACGCGCGCGCCGGCCGCACGGCGCACCUCUCCCACCUGGCCCCCGCCACCCCCCCGCAGGGCGCGCGCUCCCAGCAGUACCUCAGCCCGAGGUUCUACCGCAUGGACAACUAA